CCUGGAGAGGCAUGAUAACCAAGGUACCUUCACCCCUGAUCACCCCCUCCCUCUUCUCAACUAACAUCAACACCAGAUCAUGUCGGCACCCUUUGACGACCGUGACGGGUAAGGGCCCAACACAAGUCCUCCCACCAUGGCCCCUCGCUGAGAAAAUGUCCGCCGUGGCCUUGACCUAGGUUCGAGAUGAAUGCUACCCUUUACCGAGUGCGCUUCAAGCCCAGCCACCCUUCAAACACGUUCCUGUCGAGCUAACCCACGCUUUGCAAAGGACUGCAUGUAAGCAAAACACAUGACACAGAUACAAACAAACAUGGACGCUAGGCGGUUCCGCUUUGCCAUCCUCAGUGCUGACAGCCGUGACAAAGCUUCAUUGAAGAAAAUCACCAGUACAAGGAGGCUUCAAGGACAGCACAGCAGUCCUGGAAAAGCCCGAUCCCUCAGGAGGUCAUGCAGUUCUGGGGUACGGCACCUCCUUAAACACGUCCACAAGCACAUGCACCAAGGAAACGGAGCAGCAGUAACUAACGUGACGCACCCCGUAGGAUACAAGUUUGAGACUCUCUCGACCCUGCCCGCGCCCUGGGGCGAGACUUCCCGAGACUAUAUUGAAAACCGAGUGAACGAAGUGGUGAACAACAAGGAGCAAUACUGCUCCGUCGUCCGCACAGGCCUUGGCAAGACAAUAAUCUGCCUGGGAGGCGAAGUCGACGCAAUCUGGGAUUCGAAGCCGGCCACGCCCGGGGCGCCCAUCAACUGGGUCGAGCUCAAGACGUCGGCCGAGAUCCGCUCGGACCGCGACAUGGACAACUUUGAGCGCAAGCUGAUGAAGUUCUGGAUUCAGUCGUUCCUGCUCGGCGUGCCCAAGAUCAUCGUCGGCUUCCGCUCGCGCGACGGCAUCCUCGUCAAGCUGCAAGAGCUCGAGACGGGUGCCAUCCCCAACUCGGUCGCCCGCCGCUGGGGGCUCGCCGCCGGCGGCUGGGACGGAAACGUAUGCAUCAAUUUUGCCAGCGCCUUUUUGGACUGGCUGCGCCAGACCAUCACGGACGAGGGCGUGUGGCGGAUCCGGCGCAAGCCGCGCUCUCCCGACAUCGAGGUGUUCCAGGUCGAGGAGGUGGGCCACGGCAGCAUAAUCACCGACGAGUUUAUGAACUGGCGCAUAAAGCUGUCGCUCAGCCCGCCGAAGCCGCCCGAUGCCACGGAGUAGUAUCUGUGGGGGCGCACACAUGACUGUGUACGGAUAGUAUUGGGUCAUGCAAUGUCGCUGCGAGAUGGAUGGAUGACAUAGAAGGGGGUACCAACGCCCCUGGCGAUCAAUCUGGCCUGCCCGGAAUCAGACUUUUUUUUUUUUUUUUUUUCAGUAUUUGGUUAUCUCCUACCAAGGAGGACAGAGAAAACGAAUACC